AGUGUGUCCACAAUUGGCAUUGUCGUGUGGAAUAGUGUGACAAUAAUUAGCUUAGUUUUCAUACUAGUGUGUUCUCAUUACUGGCGUUGUGAGACAUUUCGAUCUUUGGUGAUUGUUGGUUGAAAAAAGAGCGGUGUGUUGCGUUACUGGGAUGGCGCAGUCACACAUCCUGUCUGCCGUGGAGUCGGAACUCAUAGCAGGACGAUGCAAGGGCGAUCCUACAGAACGUGAUCUGCAGGUGACCCUGGAUGACCGCGACCUGUGGACCAAAUUCCAGUGCCUUACCAACGAGAUGAUCGUUACGAAAAAUGGGCGGCGAAUGUUUCCAGUGGUGAAAGUGAGUGUGACUGGACUCGAUCCCCAGGCCAUGUACAGUGUGUUGCUUGAAUUUGUACAGAUUGAUCCACACAGGUGGAAAUAUGUGAAUGGGGAAUGGGUGCCUGGUGGUAAGGCAGAAGUUCCACCACCCAACCCUAUUUACAUGCACCCAGAGUCACCCAACUUUGGGGCACACUGGAUGAAGGAGCCUGUCUCAUUUGCUAAGGUGAAGCUCACUAAUAAGACAAACGGGAAUGGACAGAUCAUGUUAAACUCUCUACAUAAGUACGAACCAAGGGUCCACUUGGUGAAAGUAGGGUCUGAACUGAGGCGAGUCCUGACCUACCCUUUUCCAGAGACACAGUUCAUAGCUGUCACUGCAUACCAGAAUGAGGAGGUUACAGCAUUGAAGAUAAAACACAAUCCAUUUGCAAAAGCGUUCUUGGAUGCAAAGGAGAGGCCAGAUGGUUUCUAUCAGCGGGAUUUCAUUCCAAAUUAUCCUCAGCCACAACAGCCACAGUACACACAAUAUGGCUCCUGGUUCCUGCCACAGGGUGUGUACCCUGGUACAUCACAUCAUCCUGGACUGCCACCACCUCCUCUGGCACCUUGCGAUCGUUUUCCGUCUGCCACUGCAGUACGCACCCAGCGUAGCUCACCAUACCAGCCACCCCGGGUGAGAUCUCACUCGCCACCUCACUCUGCAGCUUUUGAGCCUCAGGCUACAACAGCACCAGUCUUCUCUCCACCUGCAGCCAGUUUUGCAUGGUCUGUUUCAUCACAGCCACUUUCAACAACACUAGGUAGCAGCACCAUAAGCUGGCCCUCCACCCCUACCACUCUGUCAUCCUCACCCCCUCAUGGCCCAUCUCCCCAUGCAGCUGCCCCACACACCCCAUCUCCAACACACCACAUCCAGCACCACCAUCCAAUCAUGAACAGUGCCAUGCCAUCUGGACCCAGUUAUGGCAAUUCAGGUGGUUGGCACCAUGUUCCACCUGGCAGCACAAGUCCAGAUAUCAUCCUCGGCUCUGCACAGACUUACCACCAGCAUUACCAACCAUCAAACACCACAAUAUCACCAGAAUAUAUCCCAAUAAUUCAGGAACAACCGCCAGCACCUUCUGACUACCAGAGUCAUGAUCCUCUAGGACACCACCAUGCUGUGGGCUCACCACAACGCCACACUCCACCCCUCUAUGCUCAUCACAGUGUUGAGAAAGUGGAACCAGCAAUGUCUGAAAAUUACAGUGAGGAUGGUGGGGGAGGGUCACCUGCAUCAAGGCAAGACUGUUGGAGUCCUCUCACCCCACCACACACUGGUAUUUAAUGCAUGAAUAACUAGCAACAA